AUGGAUGCUGCCAAAAAGCAGAGGAAAGCUCUGCGAACGAGCUUCACGAAGGCGCUCAACGCCUUUACGGCCAAAAUGGACGUCGAAGGGCCGCGGGAAGAAAAGAUGGUAGCGUUUCAGUUUCUUGAAACCAAGAUGGCAGAGUUGGAUACGGUACAUUCCAUGUACAACCAAUUGCUUUUCCAAUCGGAUGCGAACGACGACACCAUUAUGAAGGAGCUUGAAUCGGACGAUCUGUAUAAGACGAACUUCAUUACGGCAAAGAUGAAGAUGGUAAACCUGACGCCGACGACGUCGGUCGACGUCCCAAGGACAGUUUCCAACGCCGUCCACACAGCGAAACUCCCGAAGUUAGAACUGCCAAAAUUCAGUGGCAUGAUCAAGGAGUGGCUUCCGUUCUGGAGCCAGUUUAAGAAAAUACACGACGACCCGGCGAUCAGUAAUGAAGAUAAGUUCCAAUAUUUGCAGCAAGCUACGCUCCCGGAUUCUCGUGCCAAGGAGAUCGUGCAAAGUUUCCCGCCAACGGGAGAAAAUUAUGUGAAAGCGAUCACGAGUUUAAAAAAUCGUUUUGGACGAGAGGACAUUAUUGUAGAAUUUUAUGUGCGGGAGUUGCUCGGUUUGGUAUUGCAGAACGCGGUGAAGGGACCCAAGAAGGCAUCGUUGGCGAGUGUAUAUGAUAAACUUGAGUGCUACAUUCGUGCAUUGGAAACGUUGGGCGUGACAACGGACAGAUGCGCCGCCAUGCUCUAUCCUUUAGUCGAAUCGUCGCUUCCUGAAGAAGUACUACGCGCAUGGCAACGCAGCGGACGAGAGAGACCGGAAGAUAAUGAAGGACGAGAAAUUACCGACCGACUUUCUAAUCUUCUCAAAUUUUUGCAACGCGAGGUCGAGAAUGAGGAACGCAUCGACAUGGCGCUGACAGGAUUCGGAUUACCGGCGGAACAGGCGAAGAAGCAGAAGAGCAAGAUAGAAGCAGCGAAAGAAACACCCAGCGCUAGUGUUCUUCUUGUUUCUAAAGACCCUAAGCCCGCGGAGUGCAUAUUUUGUAAAUCGAGUCACGAGAGUCAGGUCUGCGAAAAUGCGCGAAAAUUAACGCUCGACGAGCGAAAAGAGAUCGUAAAGAAAGAAAGAUGCUGUUUUAAUUGUCUAAAGCGCGGACACGUGUCUCAAAAAUGUAAGGUUAAAUUGCGAUGCGAUUGGUGUUCGAGACGACACGUGUUAGUGAUGUGCCCGGGUAUAGUCCGCAAAGAAAAUGUUCCGCCGAAUAAACCAGAGAAUAAAGAUCCCGCGAAAACCACGGAAGAACAUAGUUUAGCCACGCUGUGCGAAAUGCGAGACGUUUAUUUACAAACGCUUCGCGUAAAGUUGUACUCGCAGUCACGAGAGAAAAUAGUAAGAGCGGUAAUAGAUACAGCCUCCCAGCGAUCAUACAUCCGCACGGAUGUCGCAAGAGAAUUAGGUUAUGUUUCUCUGGGCAAGCAGGAGAUUUCCCAUUCUUUGUUUGGCGGGGUUAAAUCAGAAUGUAAAACACAUGAUGUAUUUUUGAUACGGCUAAAAAAUCUCGAUGAUUCUUAUGCGUGCAAUUUUUCGGUAAUGGAUCAGGAAACUAUUUGUUCUACAAUUCAAAGCAUUAGAAAAGAUAAGUGGGUCGAUGAAUUACGGGAUCAAAAUAUUCAUUUAACGGACAUUGGAGAGAACAGUAGCUCGAUAGAUGUUCUUAUUGGCGCGGACGUAGCGGGCAAAUUAAUAACGGGCCGCAAAUACGAUUUAAAGAACGGUCUGAUAGUCUUCGAAACACGGUUAGGAUGGACGGUGAUAGGAAAAUUGCCGAAAGAAUCUCAAAGGGUCGACGCGGCGGUAAUGAUCACUACAUUAUUCGUACAGGAGGCCAAUAUAUCAGAUCUAUGGCGUUUGGAUGUGGUCGGUAUUUCGGACCCGAUCGAAAAGGCGAGUAAAUUAGUUAGAGAAGAACAAACGCGAGAAUUUUUAAAGCAAACAGCUAAAUUAAAUGAGGAAGGUCGGUAUGAAGUUAGAUUGCCAUGGGUAGAGGAUCACGCGCCUGUUGCUAGUAAUUAUAACACUGCACGUUUAAGAUUAAAGAAAUGUAUAGAAAGGCUAACGACACAGCGUCUUCUGAAAGCGUACGACGAAGUUUUUAAGCAAUGGCUAUCCGAGGGUAUUAUUGAGAGAGUACCGGACAAAGAAGUUAAUGAUUUAGGCCAUUAUUUACCACACCGCCCGGUAGUAAAGACGCAUGGCACGACUAAGAUUAGACCAGUGUUUGACGCGUCGGCGUGCAAUAAAGGUUACCCGUCUCUAAAUCAGUGCCUGGAAAAAGGGCCGAAUUUAAUCGAACUAGUGCCUUCAGCCUUAAACAAGUUUCGAGAAGGCGAAAUUGGAGUCGUGUCAGAUAUAAAGAAAGCAUUUUUACAAAUAGUUAUUAACAAGACAGACCGCGAUCAUUUACGUUUCUUUUGGAUAGUCAACAAUGAAAUUGUAAUCUUCCGACAUUGCCGUGUAGUGUUUGGUCUGACAUGUAGUCCCUUUUUAUUAGCUGCGAUUAUUGAGUUGCAUCUAUCAAACGUAAAGAAAAACCCGGAGUUAAUAGCAAAAUUAAAAGGAUCGUUUUAUGUAGACAAUUGCGUUACGAGUGUAAACUCAGAAGACGAAUUGAAAACGUUCAGAGAAGAAGCCACGUCGGCUAUGGCGUCCGGGGGGUUUGAACUUCGGGGAUGGGAAAGCUCAGGGGACUUGUCGGAAAACGAAACAACAUUGGUCCUCGGCGUCUUAUGGAAUAAAGGAAGAGAUACAAUAGCGAUUAAUCCGGCCAUAUUAAAAAGUAACUAUCCGGAAGUCGUAACGAAAAGAGAAAUCUUGUCCACCACGCACAAAGUAUUCGACCCCAUUGGGUUCACAUGCCCUGCGUCUUUACUGCCUAAAUUGUUACUCAAAGAAUUAUGGACGGAGAAAAUAGACUGGGAUACGGAGAUUACAGAUAGUCGUAAGGAUAGGUUUUUAUAUUGGCUAAAAGAAUUACCUAUGUUAAAUACAAUCGAAAUCUCAAGAAAACUCGGUAGAG